AUGGCUUAUAUCCAGCAUCUACCAUGUGAGCUACUGCUCGAAAUAAUGAUCUAUUGCAACUCGGAUGUUCUUUCUUUUGCUCGUUUCGGCGACGUCGAUCUUCCCUCUUUCGCGUUGGCAGGGCAUCUACGCCAUAUGAGACUACAAACAGGCUUCUACACUUUGUCGAGCUUCGUGGUUGAGGGAUGGAUAGAGCCCCUUCUUGAUCAAAACACCGAGGGAUCUAAGCCACCGUGUUUCCACAAGUUCUCACUCGCAGCACUCUGUGUAAUGUGGGAGGUUGGAGGAGAUGAAAAAAAGAUUUGUGAUACAUAUCAACAGCAAGCAUCAGCAACGACAACAAGAGGACCCGAUGCCGAGCCAACGUCAGAGGAGCUUCAACUUACUCGGCUGUCAACAGAUUUAACGCGGGAGGAACAAAGACUUUUUAUGGACGCGGCUUUCAACUUUGAAAGUACCGGUCCAAUCUCAUCCAUAUCUUUGAAACAUUGGGAUCUAGUGUCGGCUGUUGCCAGACGUCUCAAAUCUAUCCACGGCAACGUCAGGCAGCGAUGGAGUUGGGACAGCGGAUCUGACGAGAAGUUUUACGAUCCGUGGCAUUUGGAGAGUAAGGAGUGGGUGUACUUUAGUUCUGAACUUCCUCCUAAAUUGAGAAAUAUUGGUCAGAACAUCUGGGAGGACAUGUGGAAUCGGGAGGAUCCCCGCCGGAGGCCAAAUCACAACAUGAUGCCAUAUCGUGUAAACCCAAGCGACGAAGGACAAUAG